UCUCUGGUUUCUCGGCUUAAUCAUGAAGCUUUUCAUGUUUUUGCUAGCAUGGGCUUUCGCUCUUCUGGCUUCUUCCUUGGCUUCAGCUGCUAUAGUGGAAUACACUUUCAAAGUUCAAACCACAACUGUCAACCGCUUGUGCAAUAAGCGAGUGAUUGUGACAGUUAAUGGACAAUUCCCUGGCCCAAAUAUAAAUGUCAGCGAAGGUGAAACUGUGGUUGUCCAUCUAUUGAACGAGGGACCCUACAAUAUCACCAUUCAUUGGCAUGGAGUUCUUCAGCUAUUUACUGCUUGGGCAGAUGGUCCUGAAUAUGUAACUCAAUGCCCAAUCAGUCCAGGAAAUAAUUAUACCUAUACCUUCAAUGCGACACGACAAGAAGGAACCUUAUGGUGGCAUGCUCAUGCAUCUGUUUUGCGUGCCACGGUUCACGGUGCCUUCAUCAUUCAACCUCGUUCGGGACGAUUUCCGUUUCCUAAACCCUACAAGCAAGUUCCUAUUAUAUUAGGUGAUUGGUAUGAUGCUAAUAAUGUUGUGGAUAUUGAGACCCAAGCACUUGCCACCGGUGGUUCUCCAAAUAUAUCUAGUGCCUUCACGAUCAACGGCUUGCCUGGUGAUCUCUUUAGUUGUUCUCAAAAUCAGAAAUUCACAAUGAGUGUGACACAAGGAAAGACCUACAUGCUACGAAUGAUCAAUGCUGCACUCAAUAACCAUCUUUUCUUCAAGAUAGCAAAUCACACUUUCACAGUUGUUGCCAUGGAUGCUGCAUACACUGACCACUAUGUCACCAACAUCAUUGUUAUUGCCCCUGGCCAAACCAUUGAUGCACUAUUCACAGCAGACCAACCCUUAGGUUCAUACUAUAUGGCUGCAUCUCCUUACAUCGUUGGUGUUCCUGUCUUUGACAACACGACAACACGUGGCGUCGUCGUUUACGACAAUGCACCACCAUCAUCGUCACAACCCUUGAUGCCAACCCUACCACCCUUUGGCGACACAGAAACUGCUCACAAAUUCUACAGCAACAUAACUGGCAAGGUGGGGGCACCACACUGGAUUCCUGUCCCAACCACGGUGGAUGAACACAUGUUCAUUACUAUUGGAUUGAAUCUAGCAUUGUGUGACCCUAACAAUGCCAACAAUGCCACGUGUCAGGGUCCAUUUGGCCAUAGGUUUUCUUCUAGCAUGAACAAUGAGUCCUUUGUGCUCCCAAUUGGGAGAGGGUUCUCUAUGUUGGAAGCAUUCUUUAAGAAUGUGAGCGGAGUGUACACUGCUGAUUUCCCUGACAACCCUCCGGUUACGUUUGACUUCGCAAAUCCCAGCAUUAGUUUUGAUCCUAACCUUUUGUUUGCGCCAAAAUCAACCAAGGUGAAGAAACUCAAGUUCAAUUCAACCGUGGAGGUUGUGUUUCAGAAUACAGCGAUUCUUGGUGUGCAGAACCAUCCCAUGCACGUUCAUGGUUUUAGUUUCCAUGUUUUGGCUCAGGGGUUUGGGAAUUUCAAUUCCACCACGGAUUCAACCAAGUUUAAUUUGGUGAAUCCUCAGCUACGCAACACAAUUGCUGUGCCUGUGGGAGGAUGGGCUGUCAUCAGAUUCCAGGCAAACAAUCCAGGGGUAUGGUUUGUGCAUUGCCAUAUAGAAGAUCAUGUGCCAUGGGGACUAAACAUGGCUUUUGAGGUUGAGAAUGGACCAACUUCUUCAACUUCACUCCCCCCACCACCUUCUGAUCUGCCUAAAUGUUAACUCGGCUUUCAGAGCACCGCAACAAUGCCUAAUUAACACCAUACCAAAUUUUCCGCUUUUUCUUCCAGUUGCUCUAUCAAUAAAUAUAGUACCUAAAAUGUAACUACCCAAAAUUUCCACCUUAAAGGAAUUAUAUUGUUUGAUGUCCUUUGGGGAAUUUAGUACUUCGUGAAAUAAAUCUUGUUUGACUUGAAAAGAAUUAUGAACGCAAGUUGCGAGUAAUUCUUUUAAA